GGCAAAGACCAUCAAGAACACGGUGUCUCUGAAUGUGGAGCUGACUGCAGAGCAGUGGAAGAAGAAGUGGGAGAAAGAGAAGGAAAAGAACAAGACGCUGAGAAACACCGUCACCUGGCUAGAGGCCGAGCUCAACCGCUGGAGGAGCGGAGAGACCGUGCCAGUGGAGGAUCAGGUUGAUAAAGACAAGGUCACAGCGGAGGUCCAGGCCCUGGACAGCGCGCUCAACAACGAUAAGGGAGCGCCCACACCGGCCCUCAGCUCCCUCCCUGGGGUCCAACUCACAGAGGCAGAGAAAGAGAAGUACGGAGUAGACAUGGCCAGGCUUUACAAGGAGAUGGAUGACAAG